AUGGUUUUAGAGUUGAUAGCCGAAUUCGACCCAUUUUUAGCAGAUCAUAUCUCUAGGUUUGGGAAUAAAGGUAUCGGUAGUACCAGUUAUCUAUCAAAAACGAUCUACAUUUCACAUGUGGAUCAACUGUGUCUCAUGCUGCGAUAUGUAAAUAAAGACGGUACGCCCGUAGAGCGCUUUGUGACAUUUUUACAAAAUGUAGGCCACAAGGCUGCAGAUAUGGAUGAUGCUGUAAUUUCUACCUUGAAAACUCUUCAAAUUGACAUUGAAAAUUGUCGAGGCCAGUCGUAUGAUACAGCGCGAAAUAUGUCAGGGAUAUACGCAGGGCUUCAACAAUUAAUAAAAAAUCGUAACGAAUAUGCAGACUAUGUUCCAUGUGCUGCCCAUUCUCUGAAUUUAGUUGGCACUCAUGCAGUUGAAAAUUGCUCAGAGGCUGCUAAUUUCUUCAACGAUCUUCAAAGUUUAUAUAACUUUUUUAGUGCAUCUACCAGUCGUUGGGAUGUUUUACAAUGUUGCUGCAAAAAAUCUGAGAGAAUUGUUUUGAAAUCCCUUUCAAUAACACGUUGGUCAGCUCGUAAUGACGCCGUUCGUACUCUUGAGUAUUAUACUGAAAUACUUCAAGCUUUGUAUAGCAUCGAACACGACGUUUCACAAAAAGCUGCAAUACGCAGUGAAGCUAAAGGGAUUCGAAAUCGUUUCGAAUUACUGGAGACAGCUUUCAUGCAAUGUUUGUGGAGUUUUUUACUUUCGAGAUUCAAUUCUGUUAGCAAAAAAUUGCAAUCUACGCAAACUAACCUGAAUGAAGUUGUUCGAUUGUAUAAAAGUCUUAUCAAGACUGUGGGUGACGCACGUGAAGACUUCGACUAUUUUGAAAAGAAGGCAUUCGAUUUGUCAGUUAAUCAAGAAUACAAAACAGAAGUGUGUCGAGUGAAACGCAGGAAAAUCUAUGACGAUGAAACAAGAACAGGAGAGGUGACAUUGCUCGGAAAAGAUAAUUUUAAAGUGAACACAUACAAUGUCAUUUUUGACAAUUUGUUAGCUGACAUACAAGAAAGAUGUAAAAAAUACGAAACUAUUUACGAAAAAUUCUCUGUUCUUAUUGAUUUCAUGAAUAUGGAUAUUGCUGAUAUUCGGGGAAAAGUACAAAUUUUACAAGGCGCUUUUAAUAAAGAUUUAGAGAGUUCACUAGAUGAUGAACUAAUCCAUUUUAAAGCCUAUCUUGAUUGUGAUAAACAAAACUUAAAGCAGCUUACACCAAUUGAAACUUUUAAGUUUUUAAAAAAGAAUGAUCUUGACUCGGUGUUUCCCAACGUUGACAUCGCAUACAGGAUGUUUCUCUGUAUGGCUGUCACAAACUGCAGUG